AUGACCCUCAUAGACAAUGAAGAACUGCUUCUCCUGUACGACUUGAAUUCAUCAAAGAACCUCGACUUACCGUACUGGAGAUAUGACAAAUUCGAUCUCGAUACCUUGACAGACGCCGAAUGCAAGAGCGAAUUUCGGUUUCUCAAACAUGACAUCUACACUCUUCUCAAAGUGUUAAAUCCCCCCGGAGAAAAUCGUUUGUGAAAACCGUUUUUACGUUUACAGUGAUGAAACUCUCUGCAUGCUUUUAAGACGAUUUGCAUAUCCAUGUAGAUACGAAGAUUUGGUACCAAGAUUUGGAAGGGCUGUGCCGAAAUCAGCAUGGUUGUGAAUGAAAUGAUAAGUUUAAUCUUUGCGCGACAUGGUCAUUUACUGACUGAUUUUAACAAGCCAUGGCUAUCACCAGCAAAUCUAGUAACGUUUGCAGAUGCGGUUUAUCGAAAGGGAGCAGCACUUGAAAACUGCUGGGGAUUCGUAGACGGUACCGUGCGACCAGUGUGUUGACCAGGAGUUCACCAGCGAGUACUCUGUAAUGGACACAAAAGGGUUCAUUCCAUUAAAUUCCAGAGUGUUGUUGCUGCAAAUGGAAGGUCAACGACAUGAUAGUGGUAUGUUGGCAAUGUCUGGCUUGCUGCCAAUGUUAGAGGUUCAUUCCAUAUCACCAAAUGGUCAACCCCUCUGUAUUUACGGCGACCCUGCUUACCCUCUUAGG